AUGACCUUCUUGAUGGACUCGCCCAAUGCUCUUGUUUUGGACGACGGCAAAACCAGCUUCUUCAUAGGAACAUUCUUGAUGACUAUCAUUCUAGGCGCCAGUUAUGGACUGUUCAUCCGAAUUUUUACUGCCCUCGAAGAGGUACUGGCAGUGCCACAGACACCACCCUCUCCUGCUGCACCUCGCGGUCUCAGGCUUGGUCGUGGUGGCCACAGGCUACGUCUUAAUGCUGCAAUAUGCGAUGUACGUGCUUCUUUCUUGCGGGGAACCGCCCUGCUGGCGGUCACCCUCGACCCAGCGCUCCUCGGAUGGCGGAGUGCGGCUAGCCGGCCCGCAGGGUUAAUCGACCCCUUUGAGCUUCUGCAGGCGGUUUACAUCAAGGGCGUCCAGAUAAUCAUGAUUUAUAGAUUAUACGCGUUGUCAGAUGGGAAGUUCCGAGUCAUCACAGUGCUUCUCCUUUGCUUAAGCUGUGCCCAAUUGGUUUUGUGUGCUUGUCGUACUAUGGAGAUUUUAGCAAUCACAGGGCCCUUCACAACUCCUUCUCGACCUUCAAACUUAUACGUCUUCCCGAUCUGGUUGGUCUUUGUAUCAACGUCGAAUUCAAUCUUGAACCUCUUCCUCUUUCGAGUGUUGAACCGAUUGAAAUUCCGGUUUGAAAUCCCCAAGAACUUGUUUACUCGCUUUAUCAUCCUGGCACCCCAAACCCACUUUUUUGCUGGCUUGUUCUGCAAAAUCGAGUUGGGCCUUUUCGCGAUGAAGAAAGAUAUGUCCUACAUUGCCAUUGAUCUAUGUUUGGGGAAUUUACACAUCUUAUGUCUACUCAUGGCUAUGAACCUCACGCGAGUUGGGAGUACGGAUGGGAGCGAUGUAGCAGCCUCCGCAAGUCGCAAGUCUCGGCGCUUUACGAUCAGCGAUCUGAACAUUGAAAUCCCUAUGAAUCCCUUAUCCGCAAGAUUCUCGCGCACCAGGCUAUCUUCAGACUGGGCAGAAACGUUUCUUCAUGGUACGGAGACGGUAGGCUGCAAAGAUAAAUCAGAAAAAAAUAAAGAGCCGAGUAGUAGUUCUUCUUCUUUCACUGCAACUCGCUCCAACGACUUGAAGGCUUUCGUUACAAAAAGAUGA